GAGUUGACAUUUCAGAAACCCCAUCGGCUUCCCAAAGCUCUCUUUUCUCGUGUAAAAAUGGCAACUUGUCUUGUUGUAGCAAACUCCUUGUUUUCAUCUCCUCGUCCAUUCAAACCCAUAGCCAAAAAACAUCAUCUUCAACCCAUUUUCCCCAAACCCAGAAAACCCAUCAAUUCAACAUCCUUUAAACCCCAUUUUUUCCAUUCAAAAUCCUUUAGAAUUCGAUUUCUUUCCAAAGCUUCCCUUGGGGAAACCGAUUCUUCCUCAGAAGAGCUCCCUCCUUUGGUGGGUGAGGACUCUGCAGCCUUCGAUUUGGGUACCCAAAGCAUCGUUUCUUGGAUUUAUUUCACUGUUGUUCUGGGAAUUGUUCUUUUCAUUCUCGAUGUUGCCUGGAUUGAUAACUCCACUGGCUAUGGAAAAGCUUUUAUUGAUGCUGUUUCAACUCUCUCUGACAGCCAUGAGAUCGUAAUGUUGGUCCUCAUUCUCAUAUUUGCUACUGUCCAUAGUGGCUUGGCUAGCAUUCGGGACACGGGUGAGAAGCUCUUGGGAAAACGUCCAUACCGUGUUCUAUUUGCUGGUGUAUCCCUUCCGUUGGCUGUUAGCACAAUCGUGUACUUUAUCAACCAUAGGUAUGAUGGGGUGCAGUUAUGGCAGCUUCAAAAUGCUGUCGGAGUCCAUCAACUUGUAUGGCUCUCGAAUUUUAUUUCCUUCUUUUUCCUAUAUCCUUCUACCUUUAAUCUAUUAGAGGUAGCAGCCGUCGACAAGCCAGAAAUGCAUCUGUGGGAAACUGGCAUCAUGAGAAUCACCCGGCAUCCGCAGAUGGUAGGGCAAGUAAUCUGGUGCUUGGCGCACACACUUUGGAUUGGAAACUCUGUAGCUGUUGCGGCGUCCAUCGGUUUGAUCGGACAUCAUCUAUUUGGCGCUUGGAAUGGUGAUAGGAGACUAGCUGUGCUGCAUGGGGAGGCUUUUGAAGUUGUAAAGAAGCGCACAAGCAUCAUCCCAUUUGCAGCUAUCCUCGAUGGCCGCCAAAAAUUGCCGAAAGAUUACUACAAAGAAUUCAUUCGAUUGCCCUAUUUGUCCAUCACGGCAUUGACACUAGGUGCAUAUUUUCUGCAUCCAGUAAUGCAGGCAGCCAGUUUCCGGCUCCAUUGGUAGUUCGAACGACACCGUUGGAUCAUGAAAAUUGUAUGUAAAGAUGGACGAAACUCACACCGAGAUAAAGAUCAUGGUUACAUUGGCAAAAAAACAUGUAUUUUUUGUUGUAUUUUACAAAUCUAUAAAUGAUUUGCAGCUGUUGUUUCAUGAGCAAACCCUAAAUUCUUAUAUUAGAACAUCAUUACAAUA